UAUCUGGAUUUUAUUCUCAGAAAGUAGAAAGAAUUGAUUUAUUUGAUUCAAUACUGAAUAGUGAACUUCGAUUGUUGAAAAAUCGCGAAAAAUACAACGCUGUGGUUGUGGUCUUGCAGGAUUGUUGGGCUCAAUGAAAAUAGCAGGAUGUGUCUUUUUUCUCUUGUCAAGUAUGCACGUGAUCGGAUGUUUCACAAGCUUAUGCAAUUUUAAGUUACCUACAUCGUUCACUCAUUUCUACAUAUUAUUUGCUAAUGCGCUCUAUAUUCAGAAACUGUUUAUUUUUAUGUGGCAUGCUCGUGGUAUCUCACCGAUCCUAUAUACCUAUAUAGAUUGAUGUGAUAUAAGCAUGUCGGUUAUUUGUCACAUUGUGAUAGGUUCAUUUUUUGUAGAAUCAAACAAUGCUAGAUUAACACCGCGGUAAUGACCCACUAUUAACCCUGGUCACCUAUUAUUACUGCCGUUUCUGAAUGUUCGGUUGGUACGUUUCAAUUCUGAUAACUCAUAGACGAUAUAUUCGAUAUUCCAUUGAUACCCAACUAUACUACUGCUAUGGUGUGAAAUAUUGUUUGGUUAUUUUCCACAAGUCUUUAUCAUCAUUGUCAGUCGGUAGACGUUUCCUAGAAAUCAAUCUUUCGUAAGUGAUAAGUAUCACAUGAGAAAAAACAAAUUAGUAAUGAUACUCAAUCAGUUGCACAUGAAUUGCAAUUUUAGGAGGUUCUUCACUGAUCAGUUUUUUUCUCUUUGGUUCUGUAAGUAUGGGUUGCAAUUAUAACUUACUGGCAAGAACUCAAUCGAGGAUUCCAGGUGCAUAUGCAGCUCACCCAAUAAGUGACAAAAUAUUGAUUUCAAGACACCGCGCAAACGCAAGUCACCUUUCUUGUCGGGGCUUGCGGGCAGUCGGGUCCAAUCUUUAUACAAGUUGGUAUCGUAUGAUGAGCAAUUUUUCACAAGGCUUAUGUCAGAACAGAAUCCGGAAAUGAGAGAGACAGCCGCACGAAUUUGCCGUGAUUACUUGCACGGUGCUUGGAAAUACGUUACAGCUGAUGAUAUUGGGUUUAAGCGGAUCAGCGGUGGUUUGAGUAACUGGCUGUACAAAGUCGAAUUACCAGAAGGAGCAGCGCCUAUCCGAGGGGAGCCUCGUCAAGUGCUUCUGCGGUUGUACGGACAAGUCCAUGGGGAGCGUGCUCUAGAAAGCUUGAUUACAGAGUCUGUAAUAUUUACUCUUUUAUCAGAGAGGCGACUGGGUCCAAAAUUGCAUGGCAUAUUUCCUGGUGGUAGAAUUGAAGAGUAUAUUCCUGCGAGACCCUUGCUUACCAAAGAAUUGGCAGAUCCAUCUCUUAGCAGUCUAAUUGCAGAAAAAAUGGCUGAUAUUCACACCAUGCAAAUUCCGAUCAGCAAAGAGCCAACUUGGCUGUGGGACACCAUGGAAAGAUGGCUUGACACCGCUGUGGACGUUUUACAAAAUCCUGGAGAUGAGGACACCAAAUUAUCAGGCAACAUUAAUUUUUUGAGAUCAAUGGACUUGACGCAAGAAGUUACGUGGCUCAGAUCUUAUAUAACAAAAGAAAAGCAUCCUGUUGUCUUUUGCCAUAACGAUAUGCAAGAGGGUAACAUCCUGCUGAAACAAAAUACUAAGAAGCCAGAACUGGUACUCAUCGAUUUUGAAUACUGCUCGUAUAACUACAGAGGAUUCGAUCUAGCCAACCACUUUGUAGAGUGGCAGUACGAUUACACGGCACCAGAAUAUCCAUUUUUCCAUAAUCGAGGAACUGCUGGGCCUACCAAGGAACAGAAGCUUUAUUUCAUUCAAAGUUAUCUGAGGACACUGAACAAGGAGGGAGCUGCUGAAGAAGAUCGUUUAAUGACGGAAAUCAAGACUUUUUCAUUGGCAAGUCAUCUCUUUUGGGGACUCUGGUCUAUUGUUAAUGCAAAGCUCUCUCAAAUUCCGUUUGGCUACUGGGAUUAUGCUGCAAGCAGACUGAAAAAUUACCAGAAACUGAAGGAAAAUGCGAUCGGAUCCGGAAUUGACCUUGUGGACACUGGAGCAAAACGAAAAAUAACUGACAUGGACUGAUAGAGGCUGAGUUGGCUGACACGAUUGGUUCCCCAAGAGUAGCACUUUAGUACAGCAAGGAAGCUUCUCGCUGAAUCCCAGCAGGCUCUUCCAGUUAACAGAGCUUGAUGAAAAGUAAUCUUGAAAUGAUGAAUUAUGUGAUAUAUCGCUAUUUGCAAUUAGAUCUUAACGUUCGAACAUUCUUCAACUGAGUUCAGCCAAGCAGGCACAAAAAUGAAAACAAGCUCAAAGGAUCGAUGUGCGGUGGUGAUGUGAUAACACAGGGCUAGUCUGCCGUCCAUUCUCAAUCAGAUUGUACAUCAUACAGAGAUAAGUACUUGAGGACUUAGGGCGGCUAGGUCGUAAUAACCUGGAACGUGAUAUGGUUUUUGAGGUAUUCGAAAUUCCACUUGACAUAUUUCACUUGAAAGGUCACACAAUAAUCAGGAUUACAUAAAUUGGCUGCUGCACGAUAAAGAUUAUUUGUGCUACGUAAUAACACUUGACAUGCUGAACGAUAUACAAAAUUUAUUAUAACAUUCACGCAGAAGUCAAGUAAGAUAGGUGUUUUCAAGAAUUUAUUGCAGUUGUUGCAACAAACAUUGAAAGUCGGAUAGAACUGAAACAUUUACUUAAAUAUUAUGCCUCGGAUAAUUGUUAUAAUAUCUAGCGAACAUUAAGUUUCUACAAGGUAAGCCUAGAACAAUGAUAGGUGCCACGAUUAUCUGUAAUUAGAAUUAUUGUUCCAUCAUGAUUAUUAUAUUAUUCAAAUGAAUUAAAAAAGAUUCAGUAUUUCAGAAUUCUCUGAUUAUUUCGAAAAUUGAUGCAAUCAUAUUGUUUCUGUCACAUUUACUGUGUAACAAUACCAUUUUAUAAUAAAGUUUAUUGAAGAGUA